AUGCCACGAUGCCUCAGCCACCAGUGUCGUUACGAACAGUGCCAACCCUCUUCCAGCCGUCGACCUGACCCCUUGACGGCCGGACACCUCACACGUAUUGGCAAGCAGUUGAUCCGCUGGAAGCUGCUUACCUUCUACGGCUUUUUCUUCGAACCGGACGAAGCGGCAAGUGUACGGGCUAGUAUCAAUACCUGUACGUUGGCGAUCCGCGCCGAACUCAAGCGGGUCGAUGUGGUCAAGACAUGGCAGCAAUACGAGGAUGAAAGAGCGCGCGGCAGGUUCUGUUACCACGGAGACGGUGUCGAGAUGGAACUGUACAAGGCUGGGGCCUUCAAACGGUUAAAAGACAACCUUUUGCGCCGGACAAAGGUCCAAGUUGUCAGACCUAGAGACCAUAUCACGAGGCAAGGGGAGGACUCCCCUGCUAUCUGUGCGAAACAUGCCAACGGACGGUUACGCGACGUGUUUCGGGAUGCAGCGCGGGACUUAGGCGUACCUUGCAUGCAGUUUGAGGCCGCGGUGCAGAUGUAUGCGCAGCAUAUACAGAACACAGAGGCUGCAAAACAUGACGAAGGGAGAUGCUCGGGCCUGAAGUCGAGGCAGAAACCAAAGCAGAAUAUGGGCAACGCCGAGAGCAUUGCCCGUGAUGGGAACUGGGGUCUCCUGGCGCGUAUCCUACUCGCGGAUAUAGAGGAUCUGGCGCCCUCCUCCCGCGAAGGGUUGAUGAGGACCAUAGUAGGCAGGAGGGUGCCGUCGACACCCGAUCGUCUACCUAGUUCUGAGGCCAGGUCGCCUACCAGGCUUGACGGGCCAUUGGCUACAGCGCCUGCCCGGACGAGCGGGCCUUCGUUUGUUACUAGUGCUUUCGCCAAAGCCGGCGAAGUGUUCAACGCAUCAUCAACGAGCUUUACGAACAACGGGCCAGCGCUGCUGCCAUCGAGGUCUUCUUCAGAGACAUCAUCCUUGUCCUCCUCGUGCUCCUCCUCCUCAACGACACCGCGGGUAGCUUCUUGCUUGCUCGUCAUCGAAGGCCCUGAACUUCGUGACAUCCUUUCCGCCAUCUGGGCCUGCAAGGAGAAAUACUUCAUCCAGCUCAAAUUCGACGGCCCCAGACGGAACGCUUGUCCAUGCGGUGUGAACGAGUACUGUCGCACCUGUGGGCCUUUCAGCGUGAAAGCCGAACCUCGAGCUUCGACGCCGUGUCGCAGAGUUUGGGCGAGACUAGGGAGUAGUGCUACUAGCUCCGGUAGCACUACUCCUCCUCCUCCCUCUGUAAAGGGCAAGGAAAAGGAGAGAGACCGGGAUGAGGAGGAGGAGAGAGCCGGUAGACAUAGACAUAGCCCGGAAGGCAGCAGGAGCAGAAAGCACGUUGACGACCUGGAGCAAGGAGACGUGGAGAGGAGGAUCAAGUUCACUUUGAGAACAGGGAGGAGUAAUAGGAGGAAGAGAAGGCAGUGGCCCUCUGUAGAUGGCGAGCGUACGUAA